UUACUCAAAAGAGCUCUUUUCCCCCAUCACUCGUCGGGACUAGGGCUUUGUCUCUGAAGCCAGCCUUCCCUGGGCCCGCUGAGUGUGAGGUGUCUGCCAGGGGAGCGGCUGCGUCCUAGGGUGCCAGGUAUCGGGGCACCCGCCGAGGGAGCCCAGCCCUCCCCGCCGCAGCCAGCGGUCCCUGGCAGGGAGCCGGUUGCGCAAGCGCUGGGCAGGCCGCCAGGGCACAGUUAGGCGUCCACCUGCUGCUCCCUGACCUCCUCCCUGCUCCGCCCACCCAGCCUGUUUGCCUGCGGAGCAGGGCCCAGCCCUGUCAGGGAACCUGGAGCCCAGCUGGGGGCCUCUGACUCCCACCCACCCCUCCAAGGCCAGCUGCUAAAUCUGCCUGGUGGAGGGGCCCGGAGAGGCGAAGACCCCCAGGGACUCUCCCAGGUCAGCCUGGGCUUCUGCCCGCCACAGCCCUACCAGGAGCCUGAGCCGUCGGUGGCCGAACCCCCCUCUUGCCCUCUGGCCUUGGACAUGAGCCUUCGGGACCCCAGCUACAGCGUGGCCCCGGGGCCCUGUGUGGUGGCUCAGCUGCCCUCUGAAGACAUGGGCCGCUUGGCAGACCCCCAGGGCCGAGACCAUAGCUUCCUGCGCACCAAGAUGAAGGUGACCCUGGGGGACGGCCCCAGUGGCGACCUCUUCACCUGCCCCAUCUGCCAGAAGGCCUUCACCUACCAGCGAAUGCUGAACCGCCACAUGAAGUGCCACAAUGACGUCAAGAGGCAUCUCUGCACCUACUGCGGGAAGGGCUUCAAUGACACCUUCGACCUCAAGAGACACGUCCGCACCCACACUGGCGUGCGCCCCUACAAAUGCAGCCUGUGCGACAAGGCCUUCACGCAGCGCUGCUCCCUGGAGUCUCACCUCAAGAAGAUCCACGGCGUGCAGCAGAAGUACGCCUACAAGGAGCGCCGGGCCAAGCUGUACGUGUGCGAGGAGUGCGGCUGCACGUCUGAGAGCCAGGAGGGCCACAUCCUGCACCUGAAGGAGCAGCACCCUGACAGCCCGCUGCUGCGCAAGACGUCCAAGAAGGUGGCCGCGGCCCUGCAGAGCACGGUCACCUCCCUGCUGCAGGGCGGCCCCCGCCUCUGAGCCGCCCGCCAGGGACGUCGGGCCCCUGCGUGGACCUGGGAGGACGCGUGUACCGACGUGCCCCCAGUGGAAGCAGCAGGCCCAGGGGGCGGGCACCAUGUCCCCCAGGAGUGGGACUGCCCUCCCUGGGUGGUGGCGUCCAGGGCACCAGAAAAGGGCAACCCCCGCCCAUGGCUGAGGCGGGGCGCUGGCGACGGCCAACGGCCACCGCGCGGACGCUCAGGGCUGCCGGGAGGCUCGGCCCUUCCGACAGGGAAACGCAUGCGCCCGCACACAGCUUUGGAUAUGGGUGUGUGCACGCGUGUGCACGUGUGGUGCCCAGGAGGUCUUUCCACGGAUCACCUCAUUCUUCAGAAAUCAACUACAAGGUGCCAAGGAGGUUGUAUUUCCUUUUUUAAAGAUGACAAAUGUACAGAUAUUAAUAUAUUUUUAGUGCCUAUGGCAACUGUUUUUAAAGAGGGAAGGAGCUGGCUUUUCUCCGUCCCCACGUGGUUCUAUUUAUCCUGGACAUUUCACACCUCCUCCGCGCCUUGGCCCAGUCCUCGCAUCUCCCAAUAUGUUUAACCUUAGACCAGCCCCGGUGUCUGCCCGGGCAGCACAGGGGCCUCUCCUUCUUCCCUCCCCCAUGGCUCUGCCCCCUCCCCGGCCAUUGGAGGACAGCCUCCAGGUCACUCUGCCGUCAGAGGAACUCACCCUUCCCAGAGGCCGAGGGUUGGUCCAGCUUUAAUGGUGAGCACAGUGGGCUGCUGAGCCUUGGAUGGGGCCACACCGGAAGGCCUGCUCUUUGCCUGGUUGGGCCAAAAACCCUGGGACAGAGGCAAAAAAAUUGGGACAGAAUAACAACCCAAACACCAUCAGAAACCUCUAGAGGAAGAAAAGUGUUGGAUGGUUAACAAAUUAUAGUUUAGCCUUUUUUCUGGCUGUUUUGCAAACGGCCAGGCCCAGGAUUUGAGUGCCUGCGGUUUCGAGCACCAGCCCUGGGCUGCUGGGCUUGGGUGGGCUGCCUCUGGGUAAAAGGAAAGUCAUCACACUUGGCAACUCUGUCUCAGCACUCUGGGUCUGUGUUGCGGCGGGCAGGGGCCAGAGGCCACCCCUGAGCAGAACCGGCCUGGGGUCCCUGCCCAAAAGACCCACGUCCAGUGUCCAGCAAGGCCGGGCCCCAGGAAAGGAAGGAGCCUUCUCCCCACUUCCUUCGCCCGCCAUCUGCUCCUGAACUGUGUACAGCCUGCAUCUGAAGACUCUUGUUUAUUUUACUUUAUUAUUAUUAUUAUUAUUUGCAAGUGUCUGGAAAAUGCUGUAUUCUGGAAGUUAUAAAAUAACAUGAUCUGGAAGCUCUGUUUUUGUUUACAUGUCUGGAUGCCUGGUUUGUUGUCCACCGGAGUGGGGCAUAAGAGACUGUGUUGUCUGUUUUAUUUUAUUACUUUUCCCCAAUUAUUAAAAUCAGAGAACUA